CUGUGGGAUACAAAAGGCGGAGGGCGGUGUACCUCUGCUUUUGCGAGGAUGGGAACUACGAUUCCCAGAAGGCUAUGCGGCAGAGCGCCUAGGGCGGCCUUCUGAGGGUCUCUACCACCUUCCGCGCGGUGGGGUGUGACCCUGCCGGCGUAGUGUCCUGGCUUGGCGGGAGGGGCGGCCCCGUGGGGGUCUUGCCUCUUGGAGCCGCCCCCGGGACGUCAGUCCUGGAGGAGGCGAGGGUUGCUGCAGUUGUUGGAAAGACCAUGAACAAGUCAGAGAACUUGCUCUUUACUGGCUCCUCGUUAGCAUCACAAGUUCAUGCUGCUGCUGUUAAUGGAAAUAAGGGUGCUCUCCAGAGGCUCAUCACAGGAAACUCUGCUCUUAAAGACAAAGAAGAUCAAUUUGGCAGAACACCACUUAUGUAUUGUGUAUUGGCUGACAGAUUGGAUUGUGCAGAUGCUCUCCUGAAGGCAGGAGCAGAUGUCAACAAAACUGACCAUAGCCAGAGAACUGCCCUCCAUCUUGCUGCUCAAAAGGGAAAUUAUCGUUUCAUGAAACUCUUACUUACACGCAGAGCAAACUGGAUGCAAAAGGAUCUAGAAGAGAUGACUCCUUUGCACUUGACCACCCGACACAAGAGCCCUAAGUGUUUGGCACUUCUGCUGAAGUUUAUGGCACCAGGAGAGGUGGAUACCCAGGAUAAAAACAAGCAAACAGCUCUGCAUUGGAGUGCCUACUACAAUAACCCUGAGCAUGUGAAGCUGCUCAUCAAACAUGAUUCCAACAUUGGAAUUCCUGAUGUUGAAGGCAAGAUCCCACUUCACUGGGCAGCCAACCAUAAAGAUCCAAGUGCUGUUCAUACUGUCAGAUGCAUUCUGGAUGCUGCUCCAACAGAGUCUUUACUGAACUGGCAAGACUAUGAGGGUCGGACACCUCUUCACUUCGCAGUUGCUGAUGGAAAUGUGACAGUGGUUGAUGUCUUGACCUCAUACGAAAGCUGCAAUAUAACAUCUUAUGAUAACUUAUUUAGAACCCCACUUCACUGGGCAGCUUUAUUAGGCCACGCACAGAUUGUUCAUCUUCUUUUAGAAAGAAAUAAGUCUGGAACUAUCCCAUCAGACAGCCAAGGUGCAACACCCUUACAUUAUGCAGCUCAGAGUAACUUUGCUGAAACAGUUAAAGUGUUUUUAAAACAUCCUUCAGUGAAAGAUGAUUCAGAUCUUGAAGGAAGAACAUCUUUUAUGUGGGCAGCUGGGAAAGGCAGUGAUGAUGUCCUUAGGACCAUGCUGAGUUUAAAAUCUGACAUUGAUAUUAAUAUGGCAGACAAAUACGGAGGCACAGCUUUACAUGCAGCUGCCCUUUCUGGUCACGUCAGCACCGUGAAAUUAUUAUUGGAAAAUAAUGCUCAAGUAGAUGCUACUGAUGUCAUGAAACAUACUCCACUUUUCCGAGCCUGUGAGAUGGGACACAAAGAUGUGAUUCAGACACUUAUCAAAGGUGGAGCAAGGGUAGAUCUAGUUGACCAAGAUGGACAUUCACUUCUACAUUGGGCAGCACUAGGAGGAAAUGCUGAUGUUUGCCAGAUACUGAUAGAAAAUAAGAUCAAUCCCAAUGUGCAAGAUUAUGCGGGAAGAACCCCUUUGCAGUGUGCUGCGUAUGGAGGAUAUAUCAACUGCAUGGCAGUGCUCAUGGAAAAUAAUGCAGACCCUAACAUUCAAGACAAAGAGGGAAGAACAGCUUUGCACUGGUCCUGUAACAACGGAUACCUUGAUGCCAUUAAAUUACUGCUAGACUUUGCUGCUUUCCCUAAUCAGAUGGAAAACAAUGAAGAGAGGUACACACCGCUUGAUUACGCGUUGCUUGGUGAGCGCCAUGAAGUUAUCCAGUUCAUGCUGGAGCGUGGUGCCCUGUCCAUUGCGGCCAUACAAGACAUUGCUGCCUUCAAAAUUCAGGCUGUCUACAAAGGGUACAAGGUCAGAAAGGCUUUCCGAGACCGGAAAAAUCUCCUCAUGAAGCACGAACAGUUGAGAAAAGAUGCUGCUGCCAAAAAGCGGGAGGAAGAAAACAAGCGAAAAGAGGCAGAACAACAGAAAGAAAGGCUGAGCCCAGAUUCCGAUUUCUGCAGGGGUCAAGCCCCUCCCCGUCUGCCCAGCCUCCAGGACGAGCCCAGCCGGCAGAGCCCAGCCCCCAGCAAACAGCUUCCCGUCGACAACAGGGCCUCAGCCCCUGAGCCCAGAGACUGCGAAGGGUCUCCAAGAGGGUCUCCAGGCAGAGCCCCCCAAAAGGAGCAACAUGUUUCCUCAGACUGGCGGGGAACAGACUCCAGAAAGCCGAAGGAAAUAGCCAGAGAGCACUCCAGAGGCCGAUCUGCCUGUGUCCACUCCCGACCCAGUGAGGGCGACGAGGAGAGCAGGCGCCCAGGAACAUGCUCCGCUGAGAAGCCCAGAGGUGAGACCGUUGGCGAGCAGCGGGGCGAGAAGGGGAAAGGCUUCCCGAAGCAGCCCCCCUCCGUCAGGCUGGCUGGGCCCGAUGAGAAAGGAGAGGACCCCAGGCGUACAGCUGGAAGCGUUCCGCAGCGCGAUGGCCACAGGAAGCCCAGCAGGCGGCAUGACGCGGCGCCCAAGGCCAAAGGUGCUCCCCAGAAAAGGCGCAUUCAAGAGGUCAAAGGUGGAAGGUGCUCCCCAGCCGGUUCCAGUCGGCCUGGCAGUGCCAGGGAGGAGGGGAUCCGCGCCGGGCCAAAUCCUCUCCACCAUCGCACUCCACGAAACAAAGUGGCCCAGGACAAGCCUGCAGGAGGGGUCUGCUCAGAUUCCCCACAGAGCACAGAGGAGUUGAGGUCAGGAGCCAGGAAGCUGGGGACAUCCCCCCAGCCUGGGAACGUCCAGGUAUCUAAGGAGACUGAGCCCGCACCUGCUCCCCUCUUUGGGCAGAGUGUGAACAUUGCCCUUCUCCCCGUAGAGCUCCGACUGCAGAUAAUCCAGAGAGAAAGGAGUAGGAAGGAGCUGUUUCGCAGGAAGAACAAGGCAGCGGCAGUCAUCCAGCGCGCCUGGCGAAGCUACCGGCUACGGAAGCACCUGACCCACCUUCUGCAUAUGAAGCAGCUUGGAGCUGGAGAUGUGGGCAGAUGGAGCCAGGAGUGCAUGGCCUUGCUCCUGCAAGUGUGGAGAAAAGAACUGGAACUAAAACUCCCAAAGACUGCUGCUGCAAGCAAGGCCCCCAAGAGUCCAUCCAAGGGCACCUCGGGCACAAAGUCCACCAAGCACUUGGUACUCAAGCAAAUCUAUGGUUGUUCUCAAGAAGGGAGAGUCCGUCAUCCCCCAAGAUCUUCCAAAGCCCCUACUGUGCUGCACCUCAACUCAGUGAGCAAUCUGCAGUGUAUACAUCUCACUGAGGACAGUGGAAGAUCAAAAAACUUCUCUUACAACCUGCGCUCAGCUACUCAGUCAAAAAAGCAUACCACCACCACCGUGACUGCCUGUGGGGGAAGCCGGUGUGCGGGGGGAGCUGGAAGAGCGCAUGCAGAGUUCUCGUUCUCCGAUCAUCUUGGAAAAACCUGAAUACGCACGUCUGAAGCCUGAUGAGCCUGGAAACAUGGUACCAAUGAAAAUACCGGAGUGUGGUGUUCAUGCUCUCACCCAGCACUGUUUUUGUAAACCACCCGGCCUGUUUUCACUUCAAUUGGUAAGGCUGGAAAUGAGCAUUGAUAAUUCAAGUCCAAGUGAAGCUAAACCCGAGCACUGAACGGCUUGCUGGGUUGCGGUUCUUGUCAGCUGGCUGGCGCAGGCUUGGCUUCUUGGCUCAAGUGAUGAACCUAAAGAUGCGGCCGUCCUGAGGCGGCUGCCUUCAUCACAGACACCAUGUCCUCACCGUUACUCCAACAUCCGCUUUACGUCUGGGAGCAAGACCAGGGACCGUGCUGUUGGCUCCUUCGUCUUGUACUUCCCUCUCCUGGGUGGCAGCCACAUCCUCCCUUCCUCACUGUCAGGCAACAGUGUCACAGUAUCAAGGAACCAGUCAGGCAGUAAGGUGCUAACUCAGGCCAGGUGUCUACACUUGUAUUUUCUGAUGAACUCGCAGAGGUGAGCAAUCUUCUCAAAAUGCCACUCCCACCAGCUGGAAAAAUAGGUAACCACACAUGUUCUGGCUCUCUCAGAACACCUGGCUAAAAUAAAAUGCUGUGACUAUGGGCCCUUCAUGUUUUAAAGGGCAAGUCUGCCAUAGGAGUGUCGACAGGAGGCAGAGUGACCUCAGUCUCCCAUUCUGGACUGCUUCCAUUUCACUAAGGUCUGUGCUGAAAAGAAGUAAUAAAGUACUCACCUAAUUUAA